CCGGAAGUGAGCCGUUUGGAGGUGCUGGGAGCUGCCACGUCCGAGGGCUGGAGCUGCUGCUACCGCAGUGAUGGUGUCGGUAAUUAACACCGUGGACACUUCCCAUGAGGACAUGAUUCACGAUGCCCAAAUGGACUACUAUGGCACCCGCCUGGCAACCUGCUCGUCCGACAGGUCUGUCAAAAUCUUUGAUGUGCGCAAUGGAGGGCAGAUCCUCAUUGCUGACCUCAGGGGUCAUGAGGGUCCUGUGUGGCAAGUGGCCUGGGCCCACCCCAUGUAUGGCAACAUCCUAGCAUCCUGCUCGUAUGACCGGAAAGUCAUCAUCUGGAAAGAGGAAAACGGCACCUGGGAGAAGACCCACGAGCACACAGGACAUGACUCAUCAGUGAACUCUGUGUGCUGGGCCCCCCAUGACUACGGCCUGAUCCUGGCUUGUGGGAGCUCAGAUGGGGCCAUCUCCCUGCUGACCUACACUGGGGAGGGCCAGUGGGAAGUGAAGAAGAUCAACAAUGCUCACACUGGCCCGAGGACAAAGUCCUCUGUCCCCUCUUUACAGAUCGGCUGCAAUGCUGUCAGCUGGGCGCCUGCUGUUGUACCCGGAAGCCUCAUAGACCAGCCAUCGGGGCAGAAACCCAACUACAUCAAGAAAUUUGCAUCCGGCGGUUGUGACAACCUCAUCAAGCUUUGGAAGGAGGAGGAGGAUGGCCAAUGGAAGGAGGAACAGAAGCUGGAAGCUCACAGCGACUGGGUUCGAGACGUGGCCUGGGCCCCCUCCAUUGGUCUGCCCACCAGCACCAUUGCCAGCUGCUCCCAGGAUGGUCGUGUGUUCAUUUGGACCUGUGAUGAUGCUUCGGGCAAUACGUGGUCCCCCAAACUGCUGCAUAAGUUCAACGAUGUCGUGUGGCACGUCAGCUGGUCUAUCACAGCCAACAUCCUGGCUGUCUCAGGCGGAGACAAUAAGGUGACCCUGUGGAAGGAGUCAGUGGACGGGCAGUGGGUGUGCAUCAGUGACGUCAACAAGGGCCAGGGCUCCACGUCAACUUCGUUCACAGAGAGCCAGCAGAACGAGCAGUGACAAGACAGGACUGCCCCUUCUGGGUCAACUGACCAGACAACCAAGAACAACAUCCUUAUUUUCCUACGAAUAGUUACAAAUGCAACCACAGAAUGAUCAUCUGCUGUAACAUGAUUCGGUAUGGAUUGUAACUUAAUUCUAGCUGAAAGCACUCUUGCUAUGAGGAGAAAAAACUACAAGUGAUCUUUAAAAGUAUUGUUUUAAAAUAUUUUUGUCCGUUUUUAUUUACCUUUUGGGUUCUGACGUUAUUGGGGGUAUUAUUUCCAAUGUACCUGAAUAAAUCAUAUUGCUUGUAA